AUGUCCCUUUCCACCCCCCGAUCAGUCAAAGACAGAAAGAACACAAGAAGGAGACUCUCAAUCAGCACAAAGGGACAGCUGCCAAAUGACACGGACGAAAUAAAAAGAAGCAUUCAAGAGCUGAAGGACAAUGAAGACAGGUUUAAAGAAUCAUCGGAAAAUGAUUCGCAUACGAAAGUGGAAAUAACUCCAGUGAAGGAAGAAGAAGAAAAAAAAUGUGAAGAAAAAAAAAAAAAAAUAAAAAAUAGAUCCUCCGUAGCAGGAGUGAGGGCAUCCCAUUUUCAAGAAGAUUUCGAAAAAAAAUGUGUAAAAAUUAAAGGUGCAGUUGACAAAUUAAAUGAAAAUGGAAUAGGCUAUGUAUGCAGAAAAGGGUUAAAGCCGGAAAGCCCUAAUCAGGAUGAUUUCACAAUUAUCACGACGGAGAACUUAGCUCUCUAUGCCAUUUUCGAUGGCCACGGACCCUAUGGACAUGAUGUGUCCAAUUAUGUACAAAAGGAAUUACCCUACAUGAUUAUAAAAAAUGAAAAUUUUUUAAAAAAUCCGAAAGAGGUCUUCACUAAUGCCUUCCUGAAUAUUCAUGCCAACAUAGAGGAAACCACCAAUGCAUAUUUGGAAGAGUUUGCCAACAAACAAAAGGGAAACAGCAAAGGUGGGAACAGCAAAAGGCUUCAAAUGAACAAGCAGAGGAACAGCUCCGUGGUUAGUAGUCACUUCGAUUUAAAUGUACAUCGGCUGGACAAUUCGGAGGACCAAGAGGAUGAAGACCAUGAUGAUGAAGAUGACGAUGAUGACGUUGAUGACGAUGAUGACGUUGAUGACGAUGAUGACGUUGAUGACGAUGAUGACGACGAUGAUGAUAACAAUUUUAGCGAAGACUCCGAUACAGGCAACAAAUACAGGUAUGGCCACACCAAUAGUGACAGCGACAGUAAUAGUGGUCACAACAACGACAGUGAUGAUAAUGAGGAUCCGAAGAACUCCACUGCGAAGGUGAAAAAAAGCGAAUCCAAGAAACGUGACAACGAAAAGGAUACCACCAAAAACGAGAAGGAACAAACAUUGAACAAAAAGAAGAAAAAAAAAAAGAAAAAAAAAGAAGCCUAUUUUGAUAGUACAAUGAGUGGUACCACAGCAACAAUAAUAGUCCACCUUUUUCAGGAAAAAAAAUUAUACGUGGCUUAUGUGGGGGAUUCUAGGGCUGUACUUGGCAGGAGGAAAAAAGGAUUCCCAAAUGUGCUGGAGGCCUUCGAUCUGACGAAAGAUCAUAAACCAAAUUCCGCAGCUGAGAAGAAAAGAAUUAUAAAUUCCGGUGGGCAAGUAUUGAAACUUGAGGGGGAUAUACCCUACCGAGUUUUUUUAAAAAAUAAGUUUUACCCAGGCUUGGCCAUGUCAAGAGCCAUUGGAGACACGAUCGGCCACCAGAUAGGUAUAAUUUCCGAGCCCGAUUUCAUGGAAAUUAACAUAAACGAAGAUGAAGACAUCCUCGUUUUGAUAUGCAGUGACGGAGUGUGGGAAUUCAUUUCGUCGGAAGAGGCCAUUAACCUGAUCUACGAAUUUGGAUACGACAAUGUUCAAGACGCAGUUGAGAACUUAGCCAAAGAAUCCUGGGACCGCUGGCUAAACGAAGAGGAAAACAUUGUGGAUGACAUAACCGUACAAGCUAUAUAUUUAUCAGAAAAAUGCAAAAAAAAAAAUAAGAAAUAA